AUGGCUCAGCUGGUGGAGUGUGUCCCAAACUUCUCUGAAGGUCGAAACAAACAGGUCUGUGCUUUUAAAUUUGAUUUCCUCACUGUCUAGAACUUUUUAAAACAAUAAUUAUUCAACUGUUACUCAUCAGAAAAGAGGCCGACUCUGUGAAAGUGUGAAUUCACGAGUGUGAGAUAUGGGCCCACUGUCUGGAGUGCGUCUCUAACAGUAUCUACAGAGUCUUUAAGAUAAGGGUGUUGUAAAUAUAUCAUAAAAUAAUCAUGAGUCAUAAGUCUCAGGUCUGUUUUUGUGUCUCAGGUGAUCGAUGCCAUCUCUUCAGCCAUCUCCGGCACAUCAGGCUGCAGCCUGCUGGACGUCGACCCCGGGGCCUCCACCAACCGCACCGUCUACACCUUCGUGGGGUCUCCUGACGCCGUGGUGCAGGGGGCGCUGAAUGCCGCCCGAUGUGCCUUCAGCCUCAUUGACAUGAGCAAACACUCAGGUGAGGCUUCAGGAAGGAAACAGGACGUCAGUAACAGGAGGAGACAACAGUCAUGAGUGUGCGUCUGUUACCUGUGCAGGUGAGCAUCCUCGGACCGGAGCGUUGGACGUCUGUCCCUUUAUCCCGGUCCAGAACGUCUCUAUGGACGACUGCGUCCGCUGUGCCAACGUGUUUGGACAGAAGCUGGCUGAGAUGCUGCACGUGCCCGGUGAGACCAAACCCGACCUUUGAUAAAAUCCAUUUAAAGGUGGAGUAGGAAGGAUCUGAGUUAGUUCCAGUUUAUGGGAACAAUCUUGAAUGUAAACUCUACUGCUCCCAACCAGUUUUCCCCUCAGCUCCUCCCCUCCCCUCCCUUUCUGCUCCAGCAAGCCCCGCCCACAAACAGACGCUCCUGCUCGCUCGUAUCGUUCCAAUUAAAUUCAGAUAUAAUGCAGAGAAAUACUUAAGAUAAUUACAAAUGGGGCCCAGUCAACAAAAAAGCAUUGGUGCUACUGUAGAUGCCAACAGACUACCAGCAAACACAAUGUUUGCAGGACUUCUACAACUAGGAUAAAGUGACAUAGUCCAGGACCAGAGGUCAACAGUUUAGCGGCGCUACAACACGCUACAGCAGGUCCGUUUGACAAGAAACACUUCUGUUACAGACACUUGGCUUACUUUGGUAAAGCGGUUUACCUGUCCAGCAGAAAGGUUACAGGUUGAGUAAGAUCCCAAAGCAUCCCCACACGUUUAAAACUCGUUUAUGUUGACCUGGCUUUUUAGCACUUGUCUGGUCUACCUCCUUUUUAAGCGCCCGUUAUUCCACCAGAGUCUCUGGUAUUUCCUUCGUUUUCUUGUUUGUGUCGGCAGUCGUGGCUAAAGGAGGAUUCAGACAAUUUAAUUUACUUUCUGGUUGGUUUCUACUGUCCGAUAUUGUAGCACGUUAACUUUGUUUGGGCUCGUGAACAUUAAUCGAGGACGUGGUGCGUGCCUCACAACACGAGGGAGCAGCGUCUGCCUCACAACCAAUCAGCACUAAGGAGCAGCAUCCGCCUAACAACCAACCAGGUUGGGGGAGGCGGGGAACGACUUUGUUUACAGUCAGAAAGAGCGGGCCGCUCAAAAAUUUUAAUAAGUUGACUACACAGACAUAACAAAACACAGCGAUAUCGUUACCAAAUGUCAUCAAUGACUGAUAAUUAUUGACUGAUACUAAAAGCUUUUUGUAUAUACACCACAAAAAAAGAUGCUUUUUGAACAGAAUCUUGCCUACCCCACCUUUAGGACACAAAAUCAGUGAAUAACAAACAAACAUGAAUCUACAGAACAAGUUUAUACUGGUUUAAACUACCUCUCCCUCCUCCCUCUUCCUCAGUGUAUCUUUAUGGAGAAGCAGCUCGCACAGACUCCAGGAGGAAUCUUCCUUCUGUGAGAGCCGGCGAAUACGAAGCUUUACCUGACAAGGUGAUUCUCUGACAGCCAAUAAGAGUCCAGCUUCCUCACCCUCAUCUGUUCCUGUAAUUUUUAUCUGGUUGAAUCAGGCCAGCACUAACUCAGUCAUUUUUUUAUUGGCCAUCCAGUUGAAGCGUGCUGAGUGGUCCCCUGAUUUUGGCCCCGCCCAGUUUGUGCCGUCCUGGGGAGCCACGGUAACAGGUGCUCGUAAGUUCCUGAUCGCCUACAACGUCAACCUGAUCAGCACUAAAGAGCAAGCUCACCGCAUCGCCCUGAACAUCCGAGAGCAGGGCCGAGGAAAGGACCAGGUAACGACUGGGAUUAAUGUCAAAUAAUCUGGAUUUUACUCAGAUAAUCCUGAUCUAUAUGUGACAAUCUCUCUAUUUUUUUAAAAAUCCCAAAUUAAUGUAAAAUAAUCUGAAUCUAUUUGACAUGAAUUUGAUUUACAUCAAAUACUGUAAAAUUAAACUAAAUUUAUCUGAAUUAAUCUCAGAUAAAGUCAGUUUAAUAGAAAAAAUCCAGAUUAAAUUCAAAUGAUCAGGAGUUCACUCAAAUAAUCUUGAUUAAAAUAGAAAGAAAAUCUUCAUAAACAUCAAAAUACCUGGAUUUUAUAUAUAUUCUGGAAUUGAUUGAAAUAGCCCGGAUUUUAAUUAGAUAAUCUGAAUUCAAUUUCGCUAAUCUGGAUUUAGUUAAAAUAAUCUGGAUUUGGUUUAGACAAUCUUGAAUUGAUUCAUUAUUGAUUGAUAUGAAUUAUCUGGAUUUAUAUUGUGUAUUUUAUGUUUUAGCUCGGGCGGCUGCAGAAGGUUCAGGCGAUGGGCUGGUACCUGGACGAGGAAAACAUCGCUCAGGUUUCCACAAACAUCCUGGACCAUGAACUGACACCUCUGCACAGGGUCUACCAGGAGGUGUGCAGGGACGCAGAGGUCAGAGGUCACACCCUUGCUUUAACAGGAUCACCACUUUUUCCACAAAUAAAACUUGAGUGUGUACUGUGCGUGCGUAUGUGUUUGUUUAUUUGUUUGUGUGUUUUCAGGAGCUGAAGCUGCCUGUGGUCGGCUCUCAGAUCGUGGGUCUGAUCCCCCUUCAAGCUCUGGUGGACGCCGCUGACGUCUUCAUCGCCAAAGAGCGACUUUUCAUCGUAGAGGAGGAGCACAAAGUCCGGCUGGUCAGAGAGCGCGCUCAGCUGUUAUAGUGUGUUAAAGGGAUAUUCCAGCGUAAAAUUGAUUUAGGGUCAAACACAUCGUAAUGCUGAGUAGACACCCCCUCGAGAGAUGAAUGUUGCAGACCGCUUGCUUCUGUAGUUAUACCAACUUUAAUAAUGACCGCACGAUAGCAAUACAGAGAUCCACGCGCUCAACCAAAAAGCCACUCUAUAGCUACAAAUAAUGCUCAGAACAGCACCUAACUUCAUCAACAGUACAUAUAGGGUCCCAGCCAUAGUACUAGCCGGCAAACAUCUUUUUAACUUUGCCUGAUUUCUUUAGCAAAGAGACUAAACACAACUCACCUACUCUCUUCCAGCAGCCACUUGUUUGUAGCGAGACCUCAGGCCAGUCUAUUACAGACUACAGCGGGGUGACGCAGCUCAAGGAAGAACAUUUAUGGUUAUUACUUCAUGGCAAUGAAAUCAGACCAAGACGCUAAGGCAGAAGAACUACCACGUCUGCAGUGCAAAAUGAUUAAUAUGGUGAUUAUUACUUCAAGGAAAUGAUAAAGUAAAGGCUCUGUGUAUUGCUAUCCUGCGGUCGUUACUAAAGUUGUUAUAACUAAAGAAGCAAGCGGUCGGCAACAUUCAUCUCUCAAGGGGUUGUCUACUUGGCAUUACGGUGUGUUUGACCCUAACUUAAUUUUACGCCGGAAUAUCCCACGACAUGUACAUGACCUAAAGUGUGUGUGCAUCUGCAGGUCAUCAGUAAACUGGGCCUGGACUCUCUCGGUCCGUUCAACCCAAAGGAGAGAAUCAUAGAGUGAGUCUGAACGCCUUCAGUCCAAAUAUUAUUCAUACAUGUACUGUAACCUGUGAGUUAAAAGGGCAGAGGUUGGCUGGUUAUCACGGUAAUGAAGAAUUGGUAGGUUGGUUGAUUGGUUGGCUGGUUGCUGGCUUGCUUGCUUGGCCUUUUUAAAAUUGAUUGGUUGAUACAUACUGUAUAUUGGUUUGAAAAUUGGUGAAUCUGUUUUUUUUUUCCAGCUGAUUGGUUUGUUUGUUGGAGGAUUGGUUAACUGAUUGAUUGAUUUGAUGUUUGAUUGGAUGGCUGGUACCUUUAUUUGUCAGGUGGUCGGUUGGUUGGUUGGUUGGUUUGAGUCGACCAUGUGUUUGUUACCUGUGCAGAUACAUGGUGAAGUCACAGGAGGAUGGCCAGCUGGUGUCUCUGUCGCUGCAGAAGUUUGUUCACAGCGUUGGAGCUCGGACGGCGGCCCCUGGUGGAGGAUCAGUGUCUGCGGCCAUCGCUGCUCUGGUACGAAUGUUACAUCUUGCAGUCUGAAAGCGCUGUGGUCAAUCUUCCUUUUGUUGUCUGAGGACAUCUUUUCGUCUCCAGGCCCUAACAUACCUGUCAUCUUGUCUUCCUGCAGGGGGCAGCGUUGGGCGCCAUGGUGGGUCAAAUGACGUACGGGAAGAGGCAGUUUGAAAACCUGGACAGUGUGAUGCGAAAGCUGAUCCCUCCAUUUCAUGAGGCCAUGAAUGAGUUGCUGGUGAUGGUUGACGCUGACUCUACCGCCUUCAACAGCUACAUGGUGAGCAGGGCGCAGAGACGGCGCAUUUACGACUUUAUUCCCCUAACACUUUUAAACAGAGACUUUUAAAAUUUUCUUUUUACUGUUGGAAUAUGAUGAUCUGUGGUUGUCUCUUUUUUUGGUAGACGGCGCUGAAGAUGCCAAAAACCACGGCAGAGGAAAUCAAAAGGUGAUCAUUCAGACGUAGAAACGAACAAACGGGUUUAAUUUCGCAGAAACGCCGAUUUUAUCCAGCUCAGUAUCACAUGUUUUCUGUUCUUCAUUUCCACGUGCUCCCCAAGGCGUGUGGCUGCCAUGCAGGAGGGUCUACAGCGAGCAGUGGGCGUUCCUCUGGCUCUGGCAGAACGCGUCAGCGUUUUGUGGCCGUACCUGAAGGAAAUGGUCGUUUACGGAAACAUCGCCUGCAAGUCGGACGCACAGGUGAGAAACCCUCCAUUUAAUUAUUUGGUUUAACCAGGAGGAAACAUUCCUGUCUGAGACCAAUGCUGCGUUGGAGUUACUUUGAAAGUCACAAGUCCAACCUGAAAAUGACGUCACACCUGAGUAACCAGCGUUUCAGUUACCAAGUCGGAAAAAAGCAAAAUCGGAGGCGGAAACAAGAUGGCUACUUCUACAUAGUUAUUUUGCCUUGUCUGAAUAUAAGCCAAGCACCAAAAAAACUUUUGUAGAUGUGGACUCGUAGACUUUGUAGACCUGGUAAAUGAAACGCUAAGAACUCGGGUGUUACGCCAUUUUCAGCUCUGACUUCCAAGGUUACUCGAACGCAGCAUAAGUCUGAGUCAUGUCACUGCGUGUCGUCAGGUGGCGGCUAAAGCCCUGGAGACGGCGGUUUUUGGAGCGUAUUACAACGUCACCAUCAACCUCAAAGACAUCACAGACGAAGAAUUCAAGAUGGCGGUGAGUCUUCAGACGGCGUCUGUGUCAGUAAGCUGUGUGUUUGUUGUUGUCGUUUCUUGUGUGCCUGCUGUUGUGUGUCGAUAUUGUUUUGUUUAUUUUUCAUUUGUGUCGACUGUUUCGUAUUUUUUGUGUUUGUUGUUGGUUUUUGUUUGUUUGUGUUGUUGUUGUUUGUCAUUUUAGUUUGUGUUGUUGGUGUUUUUUAAUUUGUUUCUGUUGACUUUGCCUCAAAUCUUGUUUGUGUGUUGUGUGUUUGUUGUUUGUGUGUUUGUUGUUUGUGCUUUCUUAAUUUCUUUUUGUUUAUCCGUCCAUUAUUGUUUGUGUUGUUUUUUUGUGUUGUUGCUGUCCUCUGUUAUGAUUUUUUUGUCUAUUGAUGAUGUGUUUUUGUUUUUGUUAUGUUAAUAAUAUGUAUUUGUUUUGUCAUUUGUGUGUGUUGUUGUUUGUAUGUCAGCUAUUGUUUUUGUUUGUGUGUUUUUUAUAUAUAUAUACGUGUGUUUGUGUUGCAGACUCUACAGAGAGCUACGGCGUUGCUGCAGGAAGCAAAGGACAGUACCGCUGUGGUCCUCCAAGCUGCUGAUGAAAGAAAGUGA